GAGGCUACAAAAUACCGGACAGAUUCAGUGGAUAAAUAACAUGGUCAUCAGUUUGACCAAGUCUGACUCUGCAUUUUAUGGAUAAAUCAGAAAACAUUUCAGUGAAUUCAUUUUAUUUAUAAUCUAAAUUUUUGAGAAUAGAUUCAAAGUUAAAGUAGAAAUAUAAAUAGUGAAAAAUGCCGCAAUAUAAAGUAAAAGUAAAAUGGGGAAAGGAAUUAUUCCCUAAUGUGGAAGUAAAUACAGACGAAGAGCCAAUGCUAUUUAAAGCCCAGCUUUUUGCUUUAACUGGAGUACAACCAGAAAGACAGAAAGUCAUGUUGAAAGGAAUGACUCUAAAAGAUGAUGACUGGGGAAAUAUCAAGCUUAAAGAUGGAGUAACGGUUUUAAUGAUGGGCUCAAAAGAAGACGUACCUGUAGAGCCAGCCGUAAAGCCUCUAUUUGUAGAAGAUAUGAAUGAAGCAGAAAUCGCAUCAGCACUUGAUCUUCCAGCAGGAUUAACAAAUCUAGGAAAUACUUGUUAUCUGAAUGCAACUGUGCAAUGUUUGAAAACGGUCCCAGAAUUGAGAGAUGCAUUGAAAAAUUUCCCUGGUGGCCUUGCAGGUACAAAUGUUGCAAGCGGUAGAGUGCCAUCUUUUGUGCCAGCACAAAGCAUCACAGCAGCUCUGAGGGAUCUCUAUGACGGCAUGGAUAAAGGAACGUCAUUGCGGCCAGUUAUACUUGUUCAAAUGAUGCAUUUAGCAUUUCCACGAUUUGCUGAAAAGUCUGAACAUGGUGGAUUUCAGCAACAAGAUGCUAGUGAAUGUUGGACUGAAUUAAUCAGAAUGCUUCAACAAAAAUUGCCUCCUGAUGAGAAUCCCAAAGCUACUGAAAAUUCUUAUAAACCUCGUUCGUUAAUAGAACAAUAUUUCGGUGGUAUAUUCGAUACAGAACUAAAAUGUGUGGAAUCAGAAGAUGAACCUCCUACCGAGGGAAAAGAAGAAUUUUUACAGCUUAGUUGUUUUAUUUCAACGGACGUCAAAUAUAUGCAUUUAGGAUUAAAAAAUAAGAUGCAGGAACAAUUGACUAAACAAUCCCCUACAUUGGGCCGCGAUGCAGUUUAUACUAAAACAUCGAAAAUUAGCAGAUUGCCAGCGUAUCUUACCAUACAAUUUGUACGAUUUUUCUACAAAGAAAAAGAAGCAAUUAAUGCAAAAAUUUUAAAAGACGUGAAAUUUCCGAUGGAGUUUGAUGCCUUUGAUCUGUGUAGCCCAGAGCUUCAAAAGAAACUCAUGCCAAUGCGAGAAAAAUUCAAGGAAAUGGAAGAUAAGAAAGUUGCUGAAGCUCAAAAUUUAGCUGACAAAAAAGCUACAAGUGAUGCUCUUGAAAAAGCCGUAAAGCGUGAGCCCUUCUGGUUUGAAGAUGAUUUAGGAUCGAACAAUAGCGGUUAUUACGUUCUCCAAGCAGUACUUACUCAUCGAGGACGUUCAAGUAGUAGUGGUCACUAUGUUGCUUGGGUUCAUCAAAAAGGAGACACAUGGCUUAAAUGUGAUGAUGACACUGUGAGUAUCGUAACGAGUGAAGAAAUUCUCAAGCUGAGCGGCGGUGGCGACUGGCAUUGUGCCUACGUUCUUCUUUACGGACCAAGAAUUCUUGAGGUACCUAUUACAGACAGCGAUUAACUUAACAAACGGCUGGUUAUACCGUUUGGCUAUUGAAAUUCAGCAGGUGGCUACUCCGCAAAUUGUGUGGACGUAGCCACACACAUAAUACUUCUGCAUACCGAUGCUCUUUCAUGCCUAUAAAAUAAAAUAUUCAAUCUGGAUUGUAUUCAACAAGUAAUGCUUUUAAGUAAGGGAAAAAAUAUGAUACUGAUAAUAAUAAUAAUAACAGUGAUGAAGUAACAACAAUGAUUUCUUAUAAAUUUAGCGAUAAAAUUUCUGUUAUGUGCGUGAUUGUUAAUAUCAAUGUGUUUUUUUGUAACAUUAAAAAAUAUCAAACGAAAAA